AUGUGCUGGGAAUGGAUUAUUAUCCAAGUGAAUGAGAAAGACAACCAAUGGAUUAAAGAGGACAGGAGACAAGAACAGCGUAUAUACAUAGUAAGGACUCUUAUGUACUAUCAGUAA